AUGGAUGUGGCGAAAUGUGAACUACCCAAGAAAGAUAACAAAACACCUAAAAAAGACCCUCUUAAUAAGAUGUCAAAUGGAUCUCGAUCAGCUUCACCUGAUAGAGAAUAUCUGUCUGAUAGUCAAGAGAACGUACCUAAAACACCUCGUCAAACAGGCAGUAUGGUGGCACAUCAUGAUGAUAUUGUCACCAGAAUGAAAAAUAUAGAAUUAAUAGAAUUGGGUAAAUGGAGAAUUAAACCCUGGUAUUUUUCACCCUAUCCUCAGGAAUUAACAUCAGCACCAUUAGUUUUUAUUUGUGAAUAUUGUUUGAAAUAUUUAAAGAGUAGCAAAUGUUUACAAAGACAUUUGGCCAAAUGUCAGUUAUGUCAUCCACCAGGGAAUGAAAUCUACAGAAAAAGUAAUAUAUCAUUCUUUGAAAUAGAUGGCAGGAAAAAUAAGGUGUAUGCUCAACAUUUGUGUUUAUUAGCUAAAUUAUUUCUGGACCACAAAACAUUAUAUUAUGAUACAGAUCCAUUCUUAUUUUAUGUUAUGUGUCAAUCAGAUAGUAGGGGUUAUCAUAUGGUCGGCUUCUUUUCUAAGGAAAAAGAGUCAACAGAAGAUUACAAUGUAGCCUGUAUAUUAACAUUACCACCCUAUCAAAAGAUGGGUUAUGGUAAAUUACUUAUAGAAUUUAGUUAUCAACUGUCUAGAGUAGAAGGUAAAACAGGUUCACCAGAAAAACCUCUAUCUGAUUUAGGAUUAUUAUCUUAUCGUAGUUAUUGGUCUCAAACUAUUCUAGAAAUUUUAUUGAAAAUGAAACCUAAUGAAUCAGGGGAAAGACCAUGUAUAACCAUCAAUGAAAUCUCAGAAAUAACAAGUAUUAAAAAAGAAGAUGUGAUAUCAACUUUACAACAUUUAAACCUUAUCAACUAUUAUAAAGGACAAUAUAUUAUAACCAUUUCUUGUGAACAAAUAGACACUCAUAAUCGUGCCAUGGAGAGACGCAUAAUACGUAUCGAUCCUAAAUGUUUACAUUGGCAGCCUAAAGACUGGAGUAAACGAGGAAAAUGGUGA